AUGGAGAUUCAGUGGUUAAAAGUACUGCAGGUCUUGGAUCAUGUCUUCCUUGUUAAUCUGCAGGUCUUGGAUGUAAGAUGUGGAAUUGGGGGGGCCUUAAGGGAAAUAGCCAGAUUCAGAUGUCUCAAUGCUAUUUGUCAUUCUAGCUCAACAGAUAUAACUGGACUAAACAACAACGCUUACCAGAUAUCAAGGGGCAAGAUGCAAUAUAGGCUAUUUGCAUUUCAGGAGCUCAAUUUUUCGGCCGGUUUGAGUGAGCAGUGCAACUUCAUAAAGGGAGACUUCAUGAACAUGCCAUUUCCUGACAACACCUUUGAUGCAGCCAACGCAAUAGAGGCCACAAUUUAUGCUCCUGAUGUAGAGAUAUACCGGGUGCUGAAACCUGGUCAAUAUUUCGCACUAGAUGGACUGCGCUUGACUGAUAAAUUUGAUCCAAACAACGCUAAGCAUAGGGACCUCAAGGCCAAAAUUGAGCUCGGCUGUGCCUUGCCUGACGUCCGUACCACUCGUCAGUGCAUCCAGGCUAUGAAAGAAGCUGGAUUCGAGGUGCUGGAUCUUGCUGAGGACUCUCCAUGCCCAUGGUACUGGGACAUAGAUGCCCACCUUUUCUCAUGGAGCAGCUUCAGUUACUCUGGUGUCGCAAAGUUCCUCAUGCGUGCAAUUGCUGGUACACUGGAGUUCCUCCGGAUUGCUCCGAAAGGCAGCAGUAAGCUUGUUAGCAUGCUGCAUAGUGCAUCCAAUGACCUCAUCAUAAGCUGUCGGGAACAGAUCUUUACAGUGACCUUCUUUGUCCUUGGCCGGAAACCUCUCAAGGAAAGUGAUGUUUAA